AUGGCCGACGCGGCCCUUGGCGCGGCACAAUGGGUGGUGGGAAAGGCACUAGCCCCCGUUGCGGAUGGUGUGCUGGAGGCUUGGGCGGCCAGCAGUCACUUUGGUCUCAACAUCGAGGCCGUCCGCACGGAACUGCUGCAGGUGCAGGCCAUGCUCGAACGAGCUGCCACCAAGGAGCUCUCAUGUGCUCUGCUCGCGCCCUGCAGGUCUCACUCUCUCUUUCGCACUGUCGCUAUCCGCCGCUUCAUCUCUUCUCACCACCGGCGCUCCCACUCCCGACCCUGGUGCUCCACCUCGCGGUUAGCAGCACAGCUCUCGUCGCCUCCUCACCUGCCUGCAGUGCAGUCACCUUGCACUCUCUCCUGUCACCACGGCGACGGUGGCUCCCGGAUCUGGACCAGCCGCACCACCGCUGCACAUCACCAGCAGCUAGCUGGGACUAGGCAGACGGCAGCGGCUUCCAUCACCGGCAGACCGACACCUCGUGUGCGUGUCAACUGCAGGUGCGCAGAACAUCCUCCAUCCCUGCAUACGAUCAGGGGAUGGCCGAUGCGGCCCUUGGCGCGGCACAAUGGGUGGUGGGAAAGGCACUAGCCCCCGUAGC